AUGACAACUUGAGAUCGAUCACUCGACGGAACCCGAUGAUGUGAAGCAAGGGAGAACAGUKUCUAAAAUAUCCUUACAAAGCUGGAUCUGGAUUGCCUUAACUGUUCUCAAACCAUUGCUGAAUUAGUCUUCAGUCAAUAGCUUAUAUAUUCAACCUUUGUUAUUACGAAUGAGCGACGAAAAUUCUGAAGGUGCUUCUGCAGGAGAUGCAGAUGAAGACAUUCCGAAAGAGGAUCUUCAAAUGAAAGCAACUGAAGAGGCAAUAAGAUAUCUCGCUGAAAUAGAUGAUGCAACUUGGAAUUCUUUAUUAUUUUCUGAUUCACUGGUGACAACAUCAGAAGCUGGCAGGGAAAUUGGAGAAAUGCGAAUAACAGUAGAGUCAGCAACAUGGAAAGAGGAACCCUGCUGUCUUGUUCACGCUAACAGUCAUGGUGUAAUUGAUCAAGUCCCUAUUGGUACAUCUGUUACUGCUUAUAUAGACAGGAACAUGAGAACCUUAGAACAGACACACUAUGAAUAUGUUAAGAUUCCAGACAAUCCUUUGGACAGGAGAACAUUUUUGUCUCUAGAUGAAGAUGUUUACACUGUACGCAAGACAAUGUCGCAAGGAAUUGAAAUCAACAAAUCAGAGUUUCAGUUCACAUCAGAAGAGUUUCAAGGAUUCAUAUCAGAGGGAUCAAACCUUUUACUGCAGAGAGUAAUGGUCAAGAAAGGGGUUCCUGAACAAAUGGUUUUUCUUACUUUUGAUUCAGAUACAAAUGUCAGGACUUCAUCAUAUCGUUCACUUGGKAGAAAAAGUCAAAUAUAUGGGAGUGAAGAAAAAACGCUACUUGGGCUAGAGAGAAUUAUCAACACUUCAAACAGCACACCACAUACCUGGCACGCUUAUUUCCUUGAAACAGGUCAUUUAGCGUCAAGGACACAGCUUGGUUCCCAGGUGAAGAUGACUUUAGAAAGUUUACCUAAACAGCAAGUUCAAGAUGAGACUAAAUCGACAACAGAAGAGAAAAAAUUGAAACCGUUAAAAUGGGACGAGGAUUUGCAGCUCUAUUCCCGUUUUUUAGACAGAAAGGCGGAGUUAUCUGACGACCAUGCCACCUACAUGAGACGGCACCCAGAACUCCGAGCUCUUUUGGCUGACUUCUUACAGUUUUUAUUGCUGAGAAAACCCGAUGAUGUUUGUGAAUUCGCGUCGGACUUUUUUGGCGCUUUUUCUUCAGGCACUCCUUCGGGUCCGUCAUUCGCUCGUUCAGAAGCAACGCCAAAUGUACCAUAGAACAUCGUAGUAUUUAUACGUUUUAUUUAUUACUAAAAGAACGUAGUAUGAACGAUAGAUAUAUUAACUAAGAUGUAUUUAUCCACACUGAUUACUAUAUGAUUGUACUAACAAGAGUGCAAUGAACAGCAACAGUUCGGACUUAUCUUCCUCUGCGGCAAGUUUGCUCCCGUUUCACUUUCCGUGGAAAGCAGACUGCUGCAGCGGAAGCGGUAAGUUAAAACUAACAAUAUACAAACAAAACGAACAAUCAUCAUUCAUUAUUAAAGCRUUUCUACUUUCUAA